UCGAAGUCCACCUGUGGGCCUCAAACAACCAUCAGUCCACCAGGGCUGAUUGGCCUGCCUGUUGGCCUUUCUCUGUCUUGCCAGCGGCGUCUGUCUGGUCUCCUGAUCUCUGCGACAAUGACGGUCAGGCUGGACUGACUGUGGAGUUCAAGACCCACCUGCCAUAAUGGACCUGGCAGAUUAUCACCCACAGCUGCCCCAGCCUCUCGUCCACCACCCUGGCAACUGUCCGGACAAUCGGAUAAAUUCGGAGGGAUCAUCAACAUGUGAGUGUGAGAUGGAAGUUCACUCUCAGGAGAUCAAGACAGAGCCGAACAGCAGGUCAGAGUCAGAGGGGAACUGUCCCAUCUGUGGAGACAAAGUGUCAGGAUACCACUAUGGACUGCUCACUUGCGAAAGCUGCAAGGGAUUCUUUAAACGCUCAGUGCAGAACAACAAGCAUUACACCUGUGCAGAACAACAGAGCUGCCCUAUGAACCUUUCCCAGAGGAAACGAUGCCCUUUCUGCCGCUUCCAGAAGUGUUUGGCUGUGGGCAUGAAAAGAGAAGCUGUAAGAGCAGAUCGUAUGAGAGGUGGCCGGAAUAAAUUUGGCCCUCUGUAUCGACGGGACAGGCAGAUGAAACAGCAAAGGGGAGAUUCCCAGGCUAACACUGCUCCCUACAGGAUUAAAAUGGAAACUACACAAAUACACUGGCCCUCAGCUGCAAAUGACCUUCACCCAAUGAGCAGUCACACAAGCACUUUGUUGCCCUCUGAUGCUUUUCAUCAAUCCCAUGUGUAUCCCUCUGGCAUGGGGCAGUCGGGAGUGUCCAUACCUCUUGAGUGCACAAUGAAAACAGACAGGGUGCUCACGCCUCCAUCCUUGCCCUGCUCUGGACUGUACUUCCACACACUCCCGGGAUUUGUCCAGGAGAAAGGAGAAAUCGCUUUUGGCUGCAGCGCGGGUCCUGCAAGUUAUCCAAUUCACCCAACUCCCAACAGUUCAUUCACACUAACAGGCACGCCAGCAUCAUCCCCCUGCUCAACACCAUGCUCAACCACACCUCUCUCCCAAGCACUUAUCCAAACCCCAGACACUCCCCCACCAGCCACUCUUACAAGCAAUUUCUUAAGCCAAAUCCUGGAGGGUGAGCAGGAUGAGAGUCAGUUGUGUGCCAAGGUCCUGGCCAGCCUGCAAAGAGAACAGGCCAAUCGAGGCAAACACGACCGCCUGAAUACAUUCAGUAUCAUGUGUAAAAUGGCUGACCAGACUCUGUUUGGUGUUGUGGAGUGGGCCAGGAACACUGCGCUCUUCAAGGAGCUCAAGGUGGAGGACCAGAUGGUGCUGCUGCAGAGCUGUUGGAGCGAGUUGCUGGUCCUGGACCACCUCUGUAGACAGGUGGCCUACGGCAAAGAGGGGUGCAUAUAUCUGGUCACAGGACAACAGAUUGAGGUGUCGACCAUCGUCUCUCAAGCAGGAUUGACACUGAGUAGCCUGGUAGCGAGGACCCAAGACCUUGUGUCCAAACUGAAGACACUCCAGCUAGACAGACAUGAUUUUGUCUGUCUCAAAUACUUGGUGCUAUUCAACCCUGAUGUGAAAAAUGUCCAGAGUCGCAGGCAGGUGGAGCAGACUCAAGAGGAGGUGAACAGGGCCCUGAUGGAACACACCCAGCGAAGUCACCCAGGACACUCAGAUAAGUUUGGCCAACUGCUGCUUCGCCUGCCUGAGGUACGCAGCAUUAGCCUGCAGGUUGAGGAGUAUUUGUACCAGCGCCAUCUUCUGGGUGAUUUGCCCUGCAACUCUCUACUCACUGAGAUGCUUCACACCAAGCACAACUAAGGUGUUGCUGCAAAAAAAAUGUGAAAAUUUGAUGAAUGUUGCAACAGGAAACAGGGACGAUCUCUUUAACAGCCCUUUUGGCUACAGUCAAAGAAGUGAUAUGUGAUCCAGGAUCAGCAAUCGGGGGUAAUAUUUACUUUGCCUUGCUUUGUCCAAGUUCCAAUUAUCAACAGUAUUAGCAGUCACGCCACACAGUCUAAUAAAAAACAUUUUUGGCCAGUAUUGUUGUGAGAUCGCAGAUCAAAGGACAAUCAUGGUGUUUAUAGUAAACCGGAAGAGUCAAGCUGUUCAAUGAAGAAAGAAGAAUGCAUUUUUGAAUAAAGGAUUUUGGUUUUGGA